AUGUUUUCGGAGCGCGAGUUAGAUAUAGCAGAAGCGAAAGAAAAUAUAAUUAAAAUUGCUUGUCGCUUUUCUCCAGCUAACAGCGGAAACAGCGGGAAAAGAGCGAAUCACGAAUCAAUUGCCGAUUUUCCCGUUCACUACGAUGCGAAGUCUUUAUCAAUUGACGGUAGAGUUUACAAUUUCGACGAGGUGUUCUCCCCCAAUAUCUCCAACGAUGUAAUGUACAAUGAAAGCGGAAAAUUUGUUGUGAAUCACGUGUUAAACGGUUACAAUGGAUCCAUAUUCGCUUAUGGUUCGUCAUUAUCGCAUAAAGUCGACACAAUUGAACAGGGAUUCAUGCCGCGGAUUAUUGAGGAUAUAUUUAAUAACAUGUCGAAAAUGAGGCUACAAUUUGAUUUCGCUAUUACGGUUUCCUACUAUGAAAUACAUAUGGAAAAGUUAUACGAUUUGCUAAAUAAAAAACCGAGUCUGACCGUAGUUGAGCAUAAUGAUGGCAAGGUGGAUGUAAGAGGGGCAACAGAACGUUCCGUAUUGACACAACAGGAUGUAUUUAAAGCUCUUGCAGAGGGAAAAUCAAAAAGACGUUUAACAAAGGCCGGUAAAGUUGAGUGUUCCUCCCAUUCAAUAUUUGUGAUUCAAGUGAAGCGGAAAAAUAUUGAAACUCAGCAGGUCGUUUGCGGUAAAUUACAUUUGAUCGAUUUAGCUGCAUCGAUGAAGAUGCCAAAGACUGGCAAUAUGCCCAGCGAAGCGAGAAGCAUUAAUCGAUCUCUGUUAACGUUCGGAGAUAUUGUGUCAAAGUUGCAAGCGGGUGAGAAAACGCAUAUGCGUUAUCGCGAUUCGAAGCUAACUCGGCUACUACAAGAUGCUUUGAGUCCUAGUGCUAGAGUAAGCGUUAUACUUUGCUGUUCGGCGAACGUUAAAGACAAGGAAGAAACUAAAACUGUUCUCGAAUUUGGACGUCGUUUAAAGACAGUAAGCCAUAAUGAAGCGCUAAUCCCGGAGAAAUUGUCCGAUCAUAGUAAAAUAUUGAAGCAAUACGAAGCAAAAUUAAGUCGUUGGCGAUCGGAAAGCCACAUCAGUACUGACAGUGCAUUUGAGCGCAGUAGUUUAAAUUCAAGAUUAAAUAGUCGCUUUACAUCGGACUUCGAUAGCUGUACCGAAUGCUUGUGCUCGCAGCACUCAGCUGAGUUAAACAGUAAACAGGAGGAGAUUAGUCAACUGAAUGAAGAUAUUGAAAAUUUAAAACAAAAGGCUCUAGAACAGGAACAUUCAAUUAAUCAAAUGGUAAAGGAGUACGAGGCCAUGAAAGCCGAAUUGCUGUCAAUUCAAGAAACAAACCGAGCAAUCAUCGAUAAUAACAAGUCGUUGUACACGAAAGAAGUCAUUAAUGAAAAUUUGUUCAAGAUGAAACAAGGAUUCGCCAAAGUAUUGCAGGUCUUAUCUGCCAGUACAACAAGCACUGCCGUCCAGCUGAAUCCGGAUAUAAUCCAGACAAUGAGCAUUGAAGAUAAUUUUGCAGCAUUACACGUUCAUUUGGAUCGAAUUAAAUGCUUAGCUGAAGACAUCAUGCAUAACAAUAUCGCACGUAUGCAAGAAAAUGAAUCAUUAGAUGAAACUGAAUUUCUUAACAAGUCCCUGCCAAUCAUUAGUAACGUCAAAGGUAAUGCAAGCGUGCAAUUGAAGGUAAAAGGGAAGCCACGAAGAGCUAUUUCGGUAGUUACUAUCAAUCACGAGAAAGAGAAGAAGCUAUUUAUUGUUGAUAACCGUCGUGAUAAUAAGAAAAAUGGGCAAAUAUUUGUCGAAACUAAGGUCGUAAGUGAGGCCUUAAUUUAUAUUGAAAAGCUCAAGGAAGCAGAUAUCAAUCCGAGUAAUUUGAGAAAAUAUAAAGAGGAAAAGCAAUGCGCAUUAACGUAUAUAAGUCGUAUUCGCGAUAUCGAUACCGCCCUUAAUAAUGAUAAAGAAUUAGUACGAGAUAGUGUUGAAUUGCGUCGCGAGUUGACAAGAUUGGAGAGACGCCUUCAUGCUUCCAUCAAGCUUUUGAAAAGUUUUCAAACGAAAGAAAACGAAUGAAUUACUAAUAUGUGACAAUUUUUGAAUUGGUUUGACCUAAUUACUUGUACAAUUACAUAUACCAUUAUACAUAAUUAUAGGAGAACGUAAGCUUAGAUAUAACAAUGCCAGGAGAUAUUGCACCUGGAGAUAUUCACUUGCGUA